AUCACCACCCAUCGCGACGACUCCUCAGCGCAAUGGACUCAGUCCACCGCCUCGACUAUCAAGCAGGCCAGCCCUCCGGUCCGCACCCACCUCCGCAACGCAAUGGAGCUCCUCCAAGCUACUGGUCCUCAAUCCGGACGCGCGUCUCGCCCUCGUCGUCGUCCUACUCGUUGCGCCCAGUCCUAAUCUUCACCACUCUCAUCUCCUUCCUCUACCUACUCAUCAUAGCCAUCGCCAACUUCAAGUCGCUCAACGAUCAGGACGAGACGGCUAAGCUCAAGACGUUUGACAUCAUCAGUGCAGCACUGUGCCUCUUUGCAGCGGCGGUGGAGGCAUUUGGCUUUCUGGCCGCGGUUAAGAGCCACGUAGGCUGGGCGAGCCUGUAUGCGCGGGCGUCGACCCUCGCCCUGGGGGCAGUCGUGGCGGCGGAUGUAGUGGCAAUCGUGGAGCAGUUCACUGCCAAGUCCGACCUCAUCGGCGGGUGCACCAAGAUCUAUACGGGUGCCGCAACGUGCAAAGAUGGACAGUCCAGUUGGUGGGGAGACUGCACGCCUGGUCAGCCUAUGACGGCGGAGCAGGCAGGCAAGUAUUGCGAGUCGCAGUGGAAGAAGGGGACGAUCUGGGACUUUGUCUGGCUGGUCCUCGCUGUGGUCCUCGGCACAUUCUUUGUCCUCCUCGCCUUUGCCUUUGUUCGUCAACUGCGCAACCCCGGCGGUGUUCGCGGCCGCACUGGCCCUCCCCAGCAGCCGGGCCAGCAAGGCUACUCGAACGCAUUCACAUAUGAUGACGAGAGCUCGCCCUUCGACGGCGGGAGGGGAAGAUACAGCUACGAGGACGAUGGGAUGGGUGGACACCACGCCUACCCGCCUCCGCAGGGCCCGCCCCCCGUGGGCGUCACGAGGGGUUACGCCGGAGACGACGAUGCGCCUGCGUACGAGGCUCCGCCAAGGAAGAGUAUGGCGAGUGUCGAUCUGGACCGUAAGGAUCCGAAUAUCGGACAGGAUUCGACGGGUGGGAACGAGUACGGCUAUGGGUACAGGUAUGGGGCGGAGGAUGAGGAGCAACAGCGCAGACCCGGUAGCAGCCGAGGCGUUGGAGGUAAUGGACCCAGGACAUCGGACGAGACGCUUCGUGGUGAGGGAGAGCAGGACGGGAGGGACGGGCAUGCGAAAGUGUGAGAUCGAGGCGAGCAAUGCCGGGGUGUAUUCCGAAACUCUGAUAUCCUAUAUGUCGCCGUCUCUGAUCGCACCAACUGAAUGACCGCUGAUCCGGUUGCGAGGCCGUCGCGCGCCCGUCACGAGCCCGUCGCUCAUCGCCAUGCUGGCGGGACAUCUCUCCGCAUCUCGUCCUCAUCAUAGUCAGAGGCGUCAUCUUCAUCGUCCUCCUCGCG